AUGUCGAUCUCACUUGGAAACUUUGCAUCUUUCGCUGACAGAUUAAACUUGGAGCGGAUCCGUUCAGACGUAGGGACGAUCUCAUCGUCCAUCUCCAAGUUGCGUCCGCCUCAAGAGUUCUUCGACAUCAGAAGAAUCAGCAAGCCCGCCAACUUUGGCGAAAUACAAAGCCGUGUCACAUACAACUUGGGGUACUUUUCUGCCAAUUAUUUGGCAGUAGUGUUGAUGUUUUUCAUCUACUGUUUGGCUACCAAUUUGUUAUUGUUAUUUGUGAUUGUAAUUGUCGGUGGAGGGAUCUAUGGAAUUAAUAAGUUGGGAGGUCAAGAUUUGGUUUUACCAGUUGGAAGAUUCAACACUUCUCAAUUGUAUACGGGGUUAUUGAUUGUGGCUGUUCCAUUAGGGUUCUUAGCCGGUCCUAUUUAUACUAUGUUGUGGUUAGUUGGUGCCAGUGCUGUGACUGUCUUUUCUCAUGCCUCAUUGAUGGAGAAGCCCAUUGAGACUAUUUUUGAAGAGGAAGUAUAA